AUGGCACGUAGUAGCACUUCAAACUCCAACGCCAAUGUGUUUCAAUCUUCUCCUCUGGAGGAUUCUUCUAGUCCAUACUAUCUUCAUCCUAGUGAUAAUUCGAGUUUGCAGUUAGUUCCUCAUGUUCUCACUGGAUCUAACUACAUCCAUUGGAGCCGAUCGGUUAACACCGUACUUGUAGCGAAGAAUAAAAUCUCCUUCAUUAAUGGAGCUCUUCGUGGGCCACAUGAUGAUGAUCUGCUCUUUCAUGCUUGGCUGCUAUGCAAUAGCAUGGUUGUGUCUUGGCUCAUAAACUCCAUUUCUCCUCAGAUAUGCUCCAGCAUCAUAUACCUUGAUGAUGCUCAUGAAAUCUGGUCAGAUCUUCGGCUUCGAUUCUCACAGCUUGACUCUGCUCGAGCAUAUCAACUGAAGCAACAGAUCAUUUCUCUAUAG